AUGGGAGGCAACCAGACAUGGAUUGUAGAAGUCACGUUGCUCGGGUUCCUGGUGGAUCCAGCAUUGGAGUUUCUCCUCUUCUGCCUUUUCUCUCUCUUGUACAUGAUUACCCUGCUGGGGAACGGUGUCAUCCUUGGGACAAUCUGCCUGGACCCUAGACUCCACACUCCCAUGUACUUCUUCCUCUCUCAUCUGGCCGUCCUUGACAUGUCCUAUGCUUCCAAUAAUGUGCCCAAGAUGCUGGCAAAUCUAGUGAGCCAGAAAAGAACCAUCUCCUUUGUUCCAUGCAUAAUACAGACAUUCUUGUAUUUGGUCUUUGCUGCCACAGAGUGUCUGAUUUUGGUAGUGAUGUCCUAUGAUAGGUAUGUGGCCAUUUGCCACCCUCUCCAUUACACUGUCAUCAUGAGCUGGAGAGUGUGCACUGUCCUGGCUGUCAUGUGCUGGGCAUUUAGCUUCCUCUUGGAUGUGGUCCAUUUAGUUCUCAUCCUGAGGCUGCCCUUCUGCGGGCCCCAUGAAAUCAACCACUUCUUCUGUGAAAUCCUGUCUGUCCUCAAGCUGGCCUGUGCUGACACAACGCUCAACCAAGUGGUCAUCUUUGCAGCCUGUGUGUUCAUCUUGGUGGGGCCCUUGUGCCUGGUGCUGGUCUCCUACACGCGCAUCCUGGUUGCUCUCCUGAGGAUCCAGUCCAGGGAGGGCCGCACAAAGGCCUUCUCCACGUGCUCCUCCCACCUCAGUGUGGUGGGGCUCUUCUUUGGCAGUGCCAUUGUCAUGUACAUGGCCCCCAGAUCCAGCCACCCUGAAGAGCAGCAGAAGAUCCUUUCCCUGUUUUAUAGCCUUUUCAACCCUAUGCUGAACCCCCUGAUCUACAGCCUGAGGAAUGCAGAGGUCAAGGGUGCUCUGAGGAGGGCGCUGUGGAGGAGAGGCUGA